AUGGUUGGCCCUGCGACAAAUGAAGAUUUAUCUAUAAGUCCUAAUACUGAUAAUAUUCAACAACAACAACAUUACCGCCUUCAAUUGUUGGCUCAAGCAAUUGAAAAAGUUGAAAACGAGAGUUUACAGAAAAGUCUUGCAGUUUCAUCGCCACCAAUUAAUUCUAAAAAACAGCAAUACCACCACAAACAACAAAUUCCAAUCGAUUCUCUUUCCAUGACAUCUUCACAACAACAACAACAACAACAAGAAUUGCUAAUGAAAUUACUAACUCAGCAGAAUGUAGCAGCAGUGAUGGCUGCAGCAGCUGCUGCCGCUCAACUUCAAGUUCAACAACAAAAACAACAACAACAACAACAAAAACUUGAACCUAUAUCGCCACCGUCAACAUCAUCGGCAUCAUCAACACCUGAAAGUCCAAUAGAUUUUUCUUCACAUCGUUCAACCGAUGAAAACAAUGAUUGUUCAACGCCAUCAUCACCAUUACCAAGUCAGCAACAACUUCUUUCGAGCAUGUUACAAAAUCUACCAGCAUCAUCACCAACAUCACCAUUUUCAUUUUUAUUAACAAAUAAAAAUGGAAAACCAACACGACCAUUUAAAGCUUAUCCACGUGAACCACUAAUGAUGCCAUUUGGCUUUUGCCCUAGUUCAACAUCAGACCAAACAAAUAUUCUUGUUGAAGCAGCAAGUCGUUCAACAUCAAACCGUAAACGACUCGCUCAAACACAAGAACGUCUAAAGCAACGUUUACAACAACAGCAGCAACAACAACAACAACAACAACAACAACAACAGCAGCAGCAGCAGCAACAACAACAACAACAGCAAUCAUAUUUUAUCUCAUCAUCGGGUGCACAAAUCUUACAACCACCCAAAAAACGACAUCGAACAAUGGAAACUACACCAACCAAUGAUGACAAUGAAAUUACUGAAAAUAACAAUGCAAAUGAUCUUAAUGGUUCAGUCAAUAAUGAUGAUCCAAAUAAUCCAAUUAAAGAUGAUGCUUAUUGGGAACGAAGAAGAAAAAAUAAUGAAGCUGCCAAACGUAGUCGCGAUGCAAGACGAGCUAAAGAAGAUGAAAUUGCUAUAAGGGCUGCCAUUCUCGAACAAGAAAAUAUCAAAUUACGUCUUGAAGUAUCACAAUUAAAACAAGAAACAGCUAAAUUGCGAUGUAUGGUUUAUGCUACAUCAUAG